UACGCGAAUCAGCGUGAGCUGACAGUAAAAAAUGCGGCUAUGUCUCUUUCAUGCACUGUUCACCUUCAUCCUCAUGCUUGCCUUAAGCGCUUCUAAAGAGAUGGCUUUGGAGUCCUCCUUUUGCACAGUGAAUUCGAGCACAACACGUAACUGUGUGAACACCACCUGGAUUCCUAAAGAAUGCACAGUUUGGAACGGGCCGGGAACGUUUUGCGUGAACCGCACCUUAAACCCAACGCUAUGCAGAGAUCGGGUGUCAUUGGAAUUUAUAGAGAGCCCGAUAAAUGACUCAGAUGCAUCGUUUGCUGAAUUGACAGACCCUUCUUAUCCGGCACCGGUACAGUACUGGGACAAGGAAAUACCCCUUCAGAUACAAGCUACUAUGUGCUAUAUGACAAUGAAUUUGACUUUAUCCUGUCCGCUGAUACAGAUUGGUGCGAAGGAACAGUAUUUGAUGUUUCGUCAGACAUGGAAUUACAUGCUGCUGACCGAAUUGAUAGAGUUAAAGAAAGUUUUUCAAAAGUAA